AUGGGUGCACAGAAGUUACCUGCUGCCCCUGUGGCUGACCUGUGCGACGCCAACGCCUCGCUCAUCCUCACCGGCGAGCUGCGCAUCCUGGAGCCUGUCUUCCAGGACUAUGGCCAGUGCAUUUCUUUCUCGGGCCAGGUGGUCACCAUGCGCGUCUUGGAGCACAACGUGGGGGAAAGCGAGCUCCUAGAGACGUCCGGCGAGGGCCGGGUGCUGGUGCUCGACGGCCGCGGCAGCAAGCGCUGCGCCAUCAUGGGCGGCAAUCUGGCGGAGCAGGCGUGCCGCAACGGCUGGGCGGGCGCCGUCGUGAACGGCUGCAUCCGCGACGUGGCCGACAUCAACUCGUUCCCCAUCGGCGUCCGCGCGCUCGCCAGCCACCCACGCCACCCCGGGACAGACGGGGUCCCCGAGCUGCACGUCGACGUCGAAUUCGCCGGCGCCGUCAUCCGCGACGGGGAGUGGCUCUACGCGGACACCGACGGCAUCAUUGUCUGCAGCAAGGAGAUCUACGGAUUUCCGGAAGGUGCCAGGCAAAAGACUCGAACUCACGCACGGGGCAUCGUCCUGUUGGGAGAUGAGCAUCGGAGACUUGAAGCAUGGAAAGUGAUUCACAGGAGAGCAGAGCCGACUUCGACGCUGAUGUAUGUCGCAAUCGGAAUCAUGAUGGUCUCCUUGUGGAUCGCGGUCUUCAUCUUCCGCCCUGAUUGGCUUGAUUUGUGCCUCAUUGUUGUCUGCAUGUUGGCAUCAGUUGUUGGGAUAUUUUUAUUGCUCAAAACUGAACAAGUGGAACAGAAGAGGAAGAGGUUGGGAGCAAAAUGCCAAGUUGUCUCAGAUGAAGUCUAGCAGAUUUUCGAAGCAUCGGCAUCUAAAGCGCGUUUGGUCAGUCUUUCAUUUUAGUGAAUAAACUCGGCAUAACCUACAGUCCUACAGAAGAGAUUAUAAGCCGUAGUAGUUUCGAGUGUUUUGCCAUGCAUGAGUGUCAACUGCCGUAAUCUCCAGCAGUUCUAUACUGAAAAUGGGUGGACCUCCAAUAAGCUCUAUAUUGUUCUUCUCCAUUUCCCUUUCAUUAUUACUACAUCAAAAGAACAGUGGGAUGAGUCAGACCUAGUCUAGUUCCAAACAUGCAAUGCCUCUAUAUCUGAAUGUUCAAAUGAUAUUUUUUUCUAUGUUAGU